GCCCCAAUCUAGUCUGCCCUGCUCUACUCUACUCACUCCCCCAACUGCCAGCCGAAUCCGCCCUCUCUCUCCUCUGUUUAUCGAGCUCGGCCCAGCAGCUCCGCCAUUCCCCAAGCACACCAACUCCUUCCAGAGGCCGACGCGGUCGGCGCCAUUCAAUGCCCCCCUGCCCUCCCAUGCCAUUGCACUGAGACGGAGGGCGCCUCUGCUCUCUGAGACACGACGCAGACACCGCCACCUCCUUUAACUCGCCUGCCUCGUCGCUUCACGACGCUGACUCGCUCGGGAACCCAUGCGCCCAUGCACCCGCACGCCUGCCCGCCGCAUUCGUGCGCCUCCCUACAAGUCGACACCUAGCGGAAGCUGCGGCUGCCAGUGAGGUGCAGCAACACCGGGGGAGCGGCAAUGGCGGCGGGGCGGCGGUUCAUGGUGUCGGCAUGGUUUCUCGUGGCGCUGGCGAUGCUCUCUUGCGUGGCGGAGGCGGAUGACGGCGACGUGCUGCUGGAGGUGAAGCGCGCGUUCGUCGGCGAUCCCGAGGGGGUCCUGGCGGGCUGGAACUCCAGCGGCGCGGGGUUCUGCUCCUGGGCCGGCGUGGCGUGCGACGACGCGGGGCUCAGGGUGGUCGGCCUCAACCUCUCCGGCGCCGGGCUGGCCGGGCCGGUGCCCCGCGCGCUGGCGCGGCUCGACGCGCUCGAGGCGAUCGACCUGUCGGCCAACGCGCUCACGGGUCCCAUCCCGGCGGCGCUCGGCGGGCUGGCGAGCCUCCAGGUGCUGCUGCUCUACUCCAACCAGCUCACGGGCGAGAUACCGGCGUCGCUGGGCAAGCUCGCGGCGCUCCAGGUGCUCCGCGCCGGCGACAACCCGGGCCUGUCGGGCGCCAUCCCGGACACGCUCGGGGAGCUCGGCAACCUCACCGUGCUCGGCCUCGCGUCCUGCAACCUCACGGGCCCGAUCCCGACGAGCCUCGCGCAGCUCGCCGCGCUCACGGCGCUGAACCUGCAGCAGAACGCGCUGUCCGGGCCCAUACCGCGGGGCGUCGCCGGCCUGGCGAGCCUACAGGUGCUCGCGCUCGCCGGCAACCAGCUCACGGGCGCGAUACCGCCGGAGCUCGGGAGGCUCACGGGGCUCCAGAAGCUGAACCUGGGCAACAACUCGCUGGUGGGCGCCAUACCGCCGGAGCUCGGUGCGCUCGGCGAGCUCCAGUACCUCAACCUCAUGAACAACCGCCUCUCCGGCCGCGUCCCGCGCGCGCUCGCCAAGCUCUCGCGGGUGCGCACGAUCGACCUGUCCGGCAACAUGCUCUCCGGCGCGCUCCCCGCCGAGCUCGGCCGGCUGCCGGAGCUUACUUUCUUGGUGCUCUCCGACAACCAACUCACCGGCAGCGUUCCCGGCGACCUGUGCGGCGGCGGCGGCGGCGGCGACGAAGCAGAGUCCAGUAGCCUCGAGCACCUCAUGCUCUCAACCAACAACUUCACCGGGCAGAUACCGGAGGGGCUCUCGCGGUGCCAGGCGCUGACGCAGCUCGACCUGGCGAACAACAGCCUCUCCGGCGCCAUCCCCGCCGCGCUCGGUGAGCUCGGCAACCUGACGGACCUGCUGCUCAACAACAACAGCCUCUCCGGCGAGCUGCCGCCGGAGCUCUUCAACCUCACCGAGCUCCAGACUCUGGCAUUGUAUCACAACCAGCUCACCGGCCGGCUGCCGGACGCCAUCGGCCGCCUCGGGAACCUCGAGGUACUGUACCUGUAUGAGAACCAGUUCACCGGCGAGUUACCGGAGUCCAUCGGGGACUGCGCGAGCUUGCAGAUGAUCGACAUCUUCGGGAACCGGUUCAACGGGAGCAUACCGGCGUCCAUGGGGAACCUGUCGCAGCUGAUGUUCAUUGACUUCAGGCAGAACGAGUUGUCCGGCGUGAUCCCGCCGGAGCUCGGCGAGUGCCAGCAGCUUCAAGUUCUUGAUUUGGCCGACAAUGCUCUGUCCGGGCCGAUUCCCGAGACGUUCGGGAAGCUCCGGUCACUGCAGCAGUUCAUGCUCUACAACAACUCGCUCUCCGGCACCAUCCCGGACGGCAUGUUCGAGUGCCGGAACAUCACGAGGGUCAACAUCGCGCACAACCGGCUCACCGGCAGCCUCCUGCCGCUCUGCGGCACGGCGAGGCUGCUGUCCUUCGACGCCACCAAUAACUCCUUCCAUGGCGGGAUCCCCGCGCAGCUCGGCCGAUCGUCGUCGCUCCAGCGCGUGCGCCUGGGGAGCAACAUGCUCUCCGGGCCCAUCCCGCCGGCGCUGGGCGGCAUCGCCGCGCUGACGCUGCUGGACGUGUCGAACAACGCGCUCACCGGCAGCAUCCCGGCGACGCUCGCGCAGUGCAAGCAGCUCAGCCUCAUCGUCCUCAGCCACAACCGGCUGUCAGGGCCGGUCCCGGACUGGCUGGGCUCGCUGCCGCAGCUCGGAGAGCUGACGCUCUCCAACAACGAGUUCACCGGAGCAUUCCCGGUGCAGCUCAGCAACUGCUCCAAGCUCCUGAAGCUCUCCCUCGACAGCAACCACAUCAAUGGAACAGUGCCGCCUGAACUCGGCAGCUUGGUGUCCCUCAACGUGCUGAAUCUCGCACACAACCAGCUCUCAGGUUUGAUUCCGACGGCGAUCGCAAAAUUGAGCAACCUCUAUGAGCUGAAUUUGUCGCAGAAUUACCUGUCUGGUCCGAUCCCUCCGGACAUUGGCAAGUUGCAAGAGUUGCAGAGCUUGUUGGAUUUGAGCAGCAACAAUUUCAGUGGCCAUAUUCCUGCAUCUCUCGGUUCACUCUCCAAGCUGGAAGAUUUGAACCUCUCUCACAAUGCUUUGGUCGGAGCAGUGCCGUCGCAGCUUGCCGGAAUGAGCAGUCUGGUGCAGCUGGACUUGUCCAGCAACCAGCUGGAAGGGAGGUUGGGAGUCGAGUUCGGCCGGUGGCCGCAGGGCGCGUUCGCCGAUAAUGUCGGACUCUGCGGCAGCCCGUUGAGAGGUUGCAGCAGCGGAGGAGACCGGUCGACGCUUAGCUCGGUGACCAUCGCGCUGGUGUCUGCUGCGGUCACGCUGGCGAUUGUGCUCCUGAUCAUCGUGCUUGCUCUGAUGGUGGUGCGGCGCCAUGGCCGGCGGUCACGGGAGGUGAACUGCACGGCGUUCUCGUCGAGCUCGGGCAACACGAACCGGCAGCUCGUCGUGAAGGGCUCGGCGCGGCGGGAGUUCCGGUGGGAGGCGAUCAUGGAGGCCACGGGGAACCUGAGCGACCAGUUCGCGAUCGGGUCCGGCGGGUCCGGGACGGUGUACAGGGCGGAGCUGUCCACCGGCGAGACGGUGGCCGUGAAGAGGAUCGCGCACAUGGACAGCGACAUGCUACUGCACGACAAGAGCUUCGCGCGGGAGAUCAAGAUCCUGGGCCGCGUCCGGCACCGGCACCUGGUCAAGCUGCUCGGGUUCAUCACCUCUCACGACGCCGGCGGCGGCGGCAGCAUGCUCGUCUACGAGUACAUGGAGAACGGCAGCCUCUACGACUGGCUGCACGGCGGCGGCGUCGGCGCCGGCGGCGGCCGCAAGAAGCGGGUGCUCGGCUGGGACGCGCGGCUCAAGGUCGCGGCCGGGCUGGCGCAGGGCGUCGAGUACCUCCACCACGACUGCGUGCCGCGGAUCGUGCACCGGGACAUCAAGUCCAGCAACGUGCUCCUCGACGGCGACAUGGAGGCGCACCUCGGCGACUUCGGCCUCGCCAAGGCCGUCGCCGAGAACCGGCAGGCCGCCUUCGGCAAGGACUGCACCGAGUCAGCUUCCUGCUUCGCCGGAUCAUACGGCUACAUCGCUCCAGAGUGCGCGUACUCCCUGAAGGCGACGGAGAGGAGCGACGUCUACAGCAUGGGCAUCGUGCUCAUGGAGCUGGUCACCGGCCUCCUGCCGACGGACAAGACCUUCGGCGGCGACAUGGACAUGGUGAGGUGGGUGCAGUCCAGGAUGGACGCGCCGUUGCCGGCCCGGGAGCAGGUGUUCGACCCGGCUCUGAAGCCGCUGGCGCCGCGCGAGGAGUCGUCGAUGGCGGAGGUGCUGGAGGUGGCGCUCCGGUGCACGAGGACGGCGCCGGGGGAGAGGCCGACGGCGCGGCAGGUCUCCGAUCUGCUGCUCCACGUUUCGCUCGAUUACUAUCGCGCCGGCGAGAAGCGUUAGGAUUUCGAAGACUGGGGAAAACUUGUUCUAGAGCCGCCUUUUCUCUGUAUCGUGAUUCAGCUAAAUGCCUAAAUUAGCUUAUUUUUCAUGAAAUUAGCAACAAAGGUUGUGGCUUCGAGGGUUCGCCAUUGAAUCAAGUCAAGAAUGCCCUUAGUUUAAUUUUAAAUUUUACUGAGUAUGGAAAUCGCUUGUACAAUUAUCUGAAAAUGGUUGAGAUCCCUUACAUGUUACUCA